ACUCGUCAUUGAACAUGUGUGUAAUUUGACAUUACUGCUUGUUUUCUUUUUAUGCGCUGUCCAAUUAUAAAUUGUGUGGUUGAAAAGUGUGCAAAUUUUAUAAAUAAUUAAGUUUUAGUAAUUAUAUUAAUAGUACAAUGAAGCCAAAAAAGAAGUUGGGAGUUGGUCUGAGCCGUGAAGAACGUAGUGUUAUUGUCAUUGGUGAAAUAAUACAAGAAUUAUUGAAGGCGCAUGAAGAGAAAAAGGACGUAAAUUUAAAUCGUUUGAAAGCACGCAUUUCCUCAAAGUAUGGUUUGGAAAGUUCACCACGCCUGGUAGACAUCAUUGCCGCUGUGCCACAAGAGGCAAAGAAAAUCUUGCUACCAAAGCUGCGCGCCAAGCCUAUACGCACAGCUAGUGGUAUCGCUGUUGUUGCUGUCAUGUGCAAGCCGCAUCGUUGUCCACACAUUAAUAUGACCGGCAACAUAUGUGUUUACUGUCCCGGUGGGCCAGAUAGUGAUUUUGAAUAUUCAACGCAAUCGUACACCGGUUAUGAACCAACAUCUAUGCGUGCCAUACGUGCGCGUUAUAAUCCCUUUCUGCAAACACGUCACCGUGUUGAACAAUUGAAGCAACUGGGACAUUCAGUAGAUAAAGUUGAAUUUAUUGUAAUGGGCGGCACUUUCAUGAGUUUGGAUGAAAAAUAUCGCAACGAGUUCAUUAUGAAAUUGCAUGACGCACUUAGUGGCCACACCAGUCGUGAUCUGAAGGAAGCUAUACGUUAUUCGGAGAUUUCACAUACUAAAUGCAUUGGUAUAACGAUUGAAACACGUCCGGAUUAUUGUCUUAAGCGUCAUAUCACUGAUAUGUUGAAUUACGGUUGCACACGUUUGGAAAUUGGCGUACAGUCGGUGUAUGAGGAUGUAGCACGCGAUACAAAUCGUGGUCAUACUGUGAAAGCGGUAUGCGAAAGUUUCAAGUUGGGCAAGGAUUCUGGUUACAAAAUUGUUGCGCAUAUGAUGCCUGAUUUGCCAAAUGUAGAUUUUGAACGUGAUUUGGAGCAGUUUAUUGAAUACUUCGAAAAUCCAGCCUUCCGCUCGGAUGGCUUAAAAAUUUAUCCAACGUUGGUGAUACGUGGCACUGGUCUAUAUGAGUUGUGGAAAACUGGUCGCUAUAAGUCCUAUCCACCAUCAAUGUUGGUUGAUUUGGUGGCAAAGAUAUUGGCAUUGGUGCCGCCAUGGACGCGCGUCUAUCGUGUACAACGCGACAUACCAAUGCCGCUUGUGAGUUCCGGUGUGGAGCACGGCAAUUUGCGUGAAUUGGCGCUGGCGCGUAUGAAAGAUUGGGGCACAGAGUGUCGUGACGUGCGCACACGUGAAGUUGGCAUACAAGAGAUACAUAAUAAAGUGCGUCCAUACGAAAUCGAGCUGAUACGUCGUGACUACUAUGCCAAUGGGGGUUGGGAGACUUUCCUCUCAUAUGAAGAUCCCGAACAGGAUAUACUUGUGGGUUUAUUGCGCUUGCGCAAAUGUUCACCAGAUACGUACCAAAAGGAGUUGACAAAAGUGGGACAAUGUUCGAUUGUGCGCGAAUUGCAUGUGUAUGGCUCGGUGGUGCCCGUAAGUUCAAGAGAUCCGACCAAGUUUCAGCAUCAGGGUUUCGGCAUGUUGUUGAUGGAAGAAGCAGCACGUAUUGCAAAGGAGGAACAUGGCAGCGUGAAGUUGGCUGUUAUUUCUGGUGUGGGAACACGCGCUUAUUAUCGUAAACUGGGUUAUGAGCUGGACGGCCCUUAUAUGUCUAAAAUGUUACAGGAUGACGAGUGGAUUGUGUAAUUAUUUGCAGUUAUUUUUUACAGCUAUAGUUAUUUGUAGUUGAAAGACAUAAAAUGUCCGUUUUAAUAAUUUUAAAAUUUAAUAAUUUCUAAUAAAGUGCAAAUAACCGUCUAA